GGCCUUGAUCUCUUUGCGAUGGCACUCGGCGGCAGUUCAGCAGUCCACGUCCAGACUUCUACCGUCUCAGCUCCUACGCUACCUCGGCAACCCAGCAAUGUGACUGUACACCCAGCUGCUCUCUUCUCAAUCCUCGACCAUUAUCUCAGGCGCAGCGACGAACAACCGCGAGUAAUCGGUACCCUCCUCGGCACUCGAUCGCCCGAUGGCACCGUUGUUCAUGUCCGCUCGUCAUUUGCCGUGCUGCAUAGCGAAACCGAUGAGCAAGUUGCUGUUGACAUGGAAUACCACCGCACAAUGUACGAGCUCCACACAAGGGUCACUCCAAAGGAGACAAUCGUUGGCUGGUACUCAACAGGCUCAAAUCUAAACACAUAUUCGGCGCUCAUUCAAAACUUCUACUCUCAAGAGACAGCCCCUCAACAAGCUAUACACGUUGCGCUAAAUACGGGCGCAGAGGAAGACACAGAAGCCGGUGUUCAUGCUUUCGUUAGCUCACCCGUUGGCGUGUUCCCGAAACCUGAGAACUGCAUUUUCACCCCAGUACCUGUGCGGCUGAAAUUUGACGAGGCUGAGCGAAGUGGACUUGAUCUACUCUCCCAAACUUCAACCUCUCCCAACUCCACAUCCCCGCAGCCCGUCACGACACUCGCCAACCUUGACGCUGCACUCACAAGUGUGUCACAAAUGAUUGACCGCGUUUUGGUCUACGUUCGACGUGUUCUUGCGGGCGAGAUUCCGGGCGACAAGGCUCUGGGACGGUAUCUCAUGGAUACGCUUGCCAUCAGCGCUGUUGGGGAGAAAGGAAGCGAGGAUAAGGCCUUCAACGCUGCCCUUCAGGACACAUUGAUGAUCUCCUAUCUGGCCAACCUCCUCCGCUCCCAAGCAGAAGUGUCGUCGAGACUAGCGCUUGUUGCAUGA